AUGCCUGUUUCGGCUGCAGCAGUGGGCUCAGUUUCAGCCUUUCUCUCACGUUUCUUGAGCAGUGAGAGUGCUGCUGUCACAAACCCCCAACCAUCUUUGAGCCUCUCCCGCAGUUCAUCAGGCAGAAGGCAGCCAGUGUUGGGUGCCCCUAAAGUCUCAGUUUCCAGUGGCAGCAACACUAAAACUGACGGGGUGGUGGAUCAGUCUUCUUUGUCGCCUGAUGAGAUAAAACCAGCUCGGAGGUCUGCUGACUGGAAAGCUGCAAGGGCUUAUAAUGAGAAAGGACUCAUCUAUGACGGAAAGAUCGAAGGUUUUAAUGGUGGUGGUUUGCUAAUCAGAUUUUACUCUCUCCUUGGUUUUCUUCCUUUCCCACAGUUGAGCCCUUCUCAUUAUUGUAAAGCACCUCACAAGACAGUUCAAGAGAUUGCAAGAGAUUUGACAGGUUCUGUAAUAUCUGUGAAGGUAAUCCAAGCAGAUGAAGGGAACAGGAAAUUGAUAUUUUCGGAAAAGGAAGCUGUAUGGUCAAAUUUUUCUGGUCAAUUAAGCGUGGGGGACAUUUUUGAAGCUAAAGUCGGUUCUGUUGAGGAUUAUGGUGCUUUUGUUCAUCUGCGCUUCCCAGAUGGAAAUUGUCACCUUACAGGACUUGUGCAUGUCUCAGAAGUGUCGUGGGAUUUAGUUCACGAUGUAAGAGAUGUUCUAACUGAGGGUGAUGAAGUGAGAGUCAAAAUUAUUAAUAUAGAUAGGGAGAAAUCAAGGAUCACAUUGUCAAUAAAACAACUGGAAGAAGAUCCACUUUUAGAAACACUGGACAAAGUUAUUCCUCAGGAUUCCUCCCUCAAUCUGGAUACCUUGAAUGCAAGCAAUCAUUUUACCAUUGAACCUCUUCCUGGGCUUAACAUGAUAAUUGAAGAGCUAUUGCAGGAAGAUGGGAUACAUCAUGUGAAAAUUACUCGACAAGGAUUUGAGAAACGGGUGGUUUCACAAGAUUUGCAACUUUGGCUAUCAAAUGCCCCACCUACCGGAAAUAAGUACACUCUACUUGCUCGAGCUGGAAGACAGGUACAAGAAAUACUACUGACUACAUCACUUGAUCAAGAUGGAAUUAAAAAGGCAUUGCAGCGAGUAUUAGAACGUGUGCCUUGA